UUGUCUAUUCAAGCACACGAGGCUACUAUCAUCCGCGGCCCGCAAUCUCUUUCAACAGCACUUUCUCUUGAGGCGCCGCAUCUUCCAACUUUGGGGGUCUAUGCAAACGACGCUCAAAUCGGUAACGCUCUCAUACAAUGGGGUGCUAGCACAAGAAGUUUUCAAGUUCUUAACUCGGAUUCUUCUUUCCCCGAAGCGUCGGAUGACAAGGCUACUUGGGUGGAUAGAUACGACGCUCGUCUUCUGCUUGAUGCCGUCCCAGAGCAUGCAAGUUCGAGUAUCUCUCAGUCAAGGCCCUUGUCUUCAACCGGAUGGUCAGACUUGGCAUCUGACACUGAAGAUACCUUUUUCUUCACACCAAAUGAGAUUGAGGACUACCGGCGCGAGAAACGCAGGCGCCUCAUUGACCAAAACAGAGAGGAUCGUCUGAGAGCUCUUGCCGAGACUGACGACAGCGAACAGUCGGAUAUUUGGGGAGGUAGUGAUGAGGAGCCUGAUGAUGUCCAAUCAGAGCUCAUGAAAAGAACAGCGCUACACCUUCUCUCGUCCCCUAAUCCUGCGCAAUUGGAGAUGCGCAUUCUUGCAAACCAUGGUGCAGAUAAGAGGUUUGCAUUCUUAAGGGGACGGUGGUCACGAGCAUGGCGCACAACCAAGGAGAGGCUCAGACAGGAAAAAGUCGACCAAUCAGCUCAAUCGCUGCGAGCUUCACGGAACAUAGGUCUGGGAGGACUCGCUGCGUAUGGAGAUAGUGAUGACGAAGGUAGCGAGGAAGAGUCUGAGAGUGGAGAAACAUCUCCAUUAAAGGUUGGUGAGAGUUCUGUCACGACCCUGGAUUCGCUUCAGAACCACGAUGCACGGUUGGAGGGGGUUGAACAGGGGGCUCGGCGCGCUAGAGCCAGGGAGUGGGCUGCGCAACGCCGU